ACAGAAAGGGUUCGCGAGGGUGCUGCGAAAUUGCUAUCUUCCCGUGAAAGGCGAGCAUUUCUCCUCCUCCUUCUUCUUCCUUUCCGAUCCGCGUUCUUCAUCCAGCCUCUCAGAUUGAUCUUCUCUGUGGCCAGAUCUGGUGAGGGCUGGUUGUUUGGAGGAUUGCGUUCUUUCCUACGGGAUAAGCGGAGGUGGGCAGGCGGCCGUGCCGUGCCGGUGAAACGACAUAGCUUCUGGUGAUCAAGGCUGGACCUUGUGUUGAUCCAGUGGGCUAAGUCAUUGCUAUCAAGGGAAUUAUCUAAGUAGGUGUAUUGUCAUGGCAUCAAGGCGUCAUGUUAGGUACUCUCCUCUUGCUGCAGACGAGGAUGAUGAUCACGUGACAGAAGACCUUCGUUUUGCCUACAACCCCAGGGCCCUUGAUAGAGUUCCAUGGAAAUCAGUGUUCCUUGCACUUUUUCUCCUGGCUCUCGGGAUGCUGCUCCUUAUUCUUUCAGUCUUCAUCUUUACAGGCCAUAUGGAGGGUGAUCAAUCCCAAGCAUAUGGCCUCUUGACUCUUGGUGUCCUUGCAUUUCUUCCGGGUUUCUAUGAGACUCGGAUUGCAUAUUACUCUUGGAGGGGUGCACCAGGGUAUCGGUUUUCUGCCAUUCCCAGCUAGUCAUAAUGUGACAUCAUAAAGCUUGGUAACACGAUGCUUCAUACAAACGACAUUUUGAUCUUGAUCUCUGUUGACAUUGUAGCUUGCUAUGCAAUUUCUAGUUGCCGUUGUGAUCUUAUAGUGAAAAGAAUUUUCUCUAUAUUUGUUAUACAUCAUAUUGCAUAAAAUUUUCAAUGUCGAUAAAUGCAUGUUAUGACAUUGUGAUCUUGUAGUGAAGAAUUCGUCUAUGGGUUUGUUAAUCACCUAGUAGAUCCAUGUUUUGUUA